CUUAUCUUACAACUUUAAGCGUUUCAGUAUCUCUAAUUACAGCUUUACUCUUUAUAAAGUCAAAAAUAAAACUAUUCGAUCUUUUGUUUAACUUUAUUAUUUAGCUUCAAUCUUCUUGUCAUUUAAGUAGGCACCUCUCUGAUAAUUCCAUUCGCGCCAUUUUUUUUUUUUUAAUUUUCUAUUUAACCUUCCUUUCUUUAUAAAUAAAAGUUCAGUUCUGCUAACAUAUAUAAGAAUAUUUCCGUUCCAAUUUACCAAGAAUCCUCUUAUAAAAUCCCAACCGGUUUUGUCCAUUCUUCAACUGACCAGUCUACGCCGCUGUACUGAGAACAAACAUCGCUGCAGUUGGAAAGGCAAAAGUUUUACGUAAGACCACUUGUGUAACUCCGAGUGAAAGAGCUCUUGCAGUACUGCAGCGUAUCCGAACGCGGAGAGACGCGUGCGCGCGAGUCGAGUUGCGUUUACGUCCGCUAAACGAGACGCUCGACUAAAUCCUAAUCGAGAGUUAUAAAAAUUGUUUUAAACAUAAAAUUGUAAUCAUAAGUAAAAUAUAGUGCAAGGCUGCAAUUCAAGGCAAGUGUCACAGUGUAGUGUAAUGUAGUGCAGUCAUUGUCGAAAAUGUCAGUGUCCGGUGUAUGGGAUUUGAUUGACUUGGUGCCGGUGAGGUACCGCUGGAUUGAGAGGUUGCGACGGUGCGGAAAAACCCUGCUACGACGUCACAAACGGCUACUUAGACGGAUCAAGAAGAUGUACCUACACAGUUGGCGCUCCGAGGAGCUGAGCAUGUUAGUAGGUGCCAAAGUGACAGACGCCACGCCGCUGGUCAUCGCUUGCAGGAACGGCCACUACGACGUCGCCGAGUACCUGAUCAAGCGAUGCAAGGCCGACAUCGAGCAGCCCGGUUCAGUGACGUUCGACGGUGAGACGAUAGAGGACGCCCCGCCGCUAUGGUGCGCGGCGGCAGCCGGUCAUUUACCCCUCGUUCGGUUGCUGGUGCGCGCAGGCGCGAACGUCAACUCCAGAACCUUCACGCACAGCACGCCUCUGCGCGCCGCGUGCUUCGAUGGCCACUUCGAAAUUGUAAAGUUCCUAGUUGAAAAUGGCGCAGAUAUAGAAAAACCAAAUCGCCACGGCCACACAUGCCUAAUGAUAGCAUGCUACAAAGGUCACAUCCACAUAGCCAAAUACCUCCUGUCCCUCAACGCGGACGUCAACAGAAAGAGUGUUAAGGGUAACACGGCGUUACACGAUUGCGCGGAGAGCGGUUCCUUACACAUCCUGGUAAUGCUGCUGGACCACGGAGCGACAAUGGAUGUGGAUUCUUAUGGUAUGACCCCCCUGCUAGCGGCAUCGCUGACAGGCCACACGCAUAUAGUAGAGCAUCUGACCAACGCGGAGCUUGGCCUGGUGACCCGGCAACAGAGGAUAGAUGCGCUGGAGCUUUUGGGAGCUACGUACGUCGACAAGCGGCGGGACAUGGUUGGCGCGCUGGCUUUGUGGAAACGGGCCAUGGCAUACAGGUUUCCAGAGGACGGUAGCGAACCUAUCCCCAAGCCGAAGGACAUUCCCCGGAUAGAGGCGUAUGACUACGCAGUCGAGCCGACCAACUCCCAACAGCUUGAGGAACUACUGGCAGACCCCGACGCGAUACGGAUGCAGGCUCUAGUCAUCAGAGAGCGAAUACUAGGUCCCGCCCACCCCGACACCUCGUACUACGUGCGAUAUCGGGGCGCGGUGUACGCGGAUGCGGGCCGGUUCGCCCGCUGCCGCCAGCUGUGGCACCACGCACUGGACAUGCAACGGGCGGUUUUGCCCCCACUGUCCCCACUCACGCAGUCAAGCCUCUACAGCUUCGCGGAGCUGUUCUCCUAUAUGCUGGCUGAACGAGCGAGGCCGCCUCUUAGAGGUCGCAUAGUUCCACCGGUGACCUUCGAAGACAUCGAGCCAGUGUUCACAAAGGCGCUGUCCCAAAUACACAUGGGCCUGGAAAUGUUGAAACUGGACUUUGGGUUCAUGUACGGAAGGAAACACACCAUGACUACGUUACACAAGUUCCUCGAAAUAUCACUACACCUAGCAGCACUGAUGGCCAGGCUACUCGAGGAGCCGGAAUGCACUGAGGAUGUUUCUAGAAAAAUACAUAAGGCUGUGUACUCACUUGUUGAAUUAGAUAUUAAGGUUCUUCGUCGCUCGAUGUUACAUAUCGCGUGUUCUGAUGACGGCGGGCGGGGGAGGGGCGCGGGUGCGACUGGCAGCGGGGCCGUGGGGGCCGCGGGGGCCUGGGCGGGCGCGGGGCGGGAGGGAAGCGAGGCCCCCUGUGGGGCCCUAGUGUCCCUGAUGCUGCGGUUGGGCGCGGAGCCCAACUCCAGGAACCUAGCCGAUGGCAAUACGCCCCUACACCUUGUUUGUAAAUUAAAUCCAUGCCCUCCCGAAGUCGUACGCUCCCUCCUCAACCACGGAGCGCAUAUUGACACAGUCAACCUUAAGGGCGAAACCCCAGAGGAAAUACUCAAGUCAACUCGCCAGAACCUCACCUCCAUAGUAAACCCUCUUAAAUAUACCACGCUCAAGUGUCUAGCUGCACGCACGGUUAAGAAUUACAGGCUACCCUACGCGCACGUCGUGCCACAAUGUUUACACGCCACAAUAAACACUCAUUGAGUUUACUCUGUGCAAACACUACUCUGUGUAUACUGACUGACAGAUAAUUAGGCGCUUUAAUAUGCGUUGGAGUCUAAAUAUGCUAUUAUCUUGAAUCUGUAUAUAGCCGUCCGCACGGUAAAGAAUUAUAGACUAUCCUACUCGAAUGUCGUGCCACAGUAUUUACACACAAGUAUGGACACUCAUUGAUGUUACUCUGUGUAUCCUGACUGACAGAUUUAGGUGUUUUAAAAUAUGUGUGUCGGAGUCCAAAUAUGUUAUCAAUGUAAUUGAAUUCUUCAUGGUUAACCGUCCGCACGGUAAAGAUUUAUAGACUACUCUACUCGUAUGUUGUGCCACACUAUUUACACUCAUUGAUAUUACUCUGUGCAAAUUGACUGUACAGGUACAAAAUCAUUUUAAAUGUGUGCCAGAGUCGAAAUAUGCUAUCUAUAUAAUUUAAUGUAUGUUUUUUUAUUUUUAACCGUCCGCAUAAACUGUCCUAUACUAGUACGUCGAGCCACAGUAUUUACAUGAAACUAUCAACAUUUAUUGCCGUUACACAGUAUAAGUCAAGUAUGACUUACAGAUAAUUAAGCGCUUUCAAAUGUGUGUAGCAGCCUAAAUUGAAUUUUACUGAAUAACCGUCCGCACGGCAAAGUAUAGACUAUCCUACUUGUAUGACGUGCCGCAGUAUUUACACUUAUUGAUAUUAAACUGACAGAUACGUAAGCUAUUUCAAAUGUGUGUGGGAGGGUGAAUGGUGAAUUUAAUGUACAUGUUUAAUUAUCCGCAUACUCGAGACUUUCACUGUUUCCAACAUGCAUGUCGUGCCACAGUAUUUACUGUCAUUGAUUGAUCAUGCAAACUUUGUAACAGUUCAAAUUUCAUAUCUAUUUUAAUUUACUGCAUAAUAUAAUAAACUGUCAUGACGCAUGCAUGGUAAAGACUUAAACGCUAUCCUCUACUUGCAUGCCGAGCCACAGUAUUAACACGCAACUAUCAACACUAGGUGAUUUUACUCUGUGUAAACACUACUCUGUGUAUUUCAACUGAACGAUACUUAGGCUUUUAAAAUAGUGACUGUUCAAUAAAAUUAUCAAUAUGGUUGAAUCUGUCCGUAUAACCGUCCGUGCGGUAAAAAAAUAUUAUGAUUCAUCCUUAACGAACGUGGUUCCACAGAAUUUAUACGCCACCGUCAUCGCUCAUGAAAAUAACUCCAUGUAUUUUGGACAUAGAUAUUUAAUACUUUUACAAUGAGUAUUUAUAUUUGUAUUACAAAGCAAAAAACGAUCAAUGCUAUCCUUCAUACCUUAUUUUUUAGAACACACACAACCACACUGGAGCAUCCGCGGAUGUUAAAAAUGUAGUUUAUUUAAAAUUUAUACAUCUACCCGCAAACAUGGAAAAUAAUGACAGACUUCUCAAUGCUCAAGUCGUGCCACAAAAUUUAUAUGCAAACAUUGACUGGAGCAUAUAUUAUAUGUUUAUAUGCGGACGUGUAUAUUAUAAUAACGUACGAAUGGUGUUAAGACCACCGAUGGAAAUCCUAGGACCAUUUUUCUCUAUGUCAUUAAUGUCUUACUUACGCACAAAAUGCAUUUUGUGAAGUAAAUUUUGACAACUAUAAAAUUACUAUAAUUUUAAAUAUCCCGUUUAUCACGGGAGUGUUCAAAUUAAUUAUCUAUCUUAAAAUGCAUAGAUACGUACAAUGUUUCUAAAUCUUUAGGGUUGGUUUUGAAAGAAAAUAUUUAAAAAAAAUUACAAA